UUGUACGUUUGGUAUGAGUAUUCAACUGGACAAUAUUAAUUAAGAACGAACAGUAAAUUAGAAACUUGCUCUUAAGUUCUGUCGAUAGAGUUUUUCCAACUGAACAUGCACCCAAAACCCAAAAAAAAUAUCAAUGUCUUAAUCACAUAAUAUCCAUCCAAUCUUCACUACAAAAACCCUGUUUUAAUUCAUUCCUCCAUGCCCUCUCCCUUCACUCGUUGCCCCCAUCAAAGUUCCAAAUUCUUGAAAUCCCAUUUCCUUAAACUUUGAUUCAAGAAAAAUAAUGAGAGAAAUUCUUCACAUUCAAGCUGGGCAAUGUGGCAACCAAAUUGGGGCCAAGUUUUGGGAAGUAGUUUGUGGUGAACAUGGAAUUAGUCCCACUGGAAAUUAUGUGGGAAAUUCUAGGGUUCAACUGGAGAGGCUGAACGUUUAUUACAAUGAAGCGAGUGGUGGGAGGUAUGUUCCAAGAGCUGUGCUUAUGGAUCUUGAACCCGGAACCAUGGACAGUUUAAGGACUGGUCCAUACGGGCAAAUUUUUAGGCCUGAUAAUUUUGUUUUUGGGCAAAAUGGUGCUGGAAAUAAUUGGGCUAAAGGGCAUUACACUGAAGGAGCUGAAUUGAUUGACUCUGUUCUUGAUGUUGUACGCAAAGAAGCAGAGAAUUGUGAUUGCUUACAAGGAUUUCAAAUUUGCCAUUCACUUGGAGGGGGAACAGGUUCGGGGAUGGGGACGCUGCUCAUAUCCAAGAUCAGGGAAGAGUACCCUGAUAGGAUGAUGAUGACUUUCUCGGUGUUUCCGUCGCCCAAGGUUUCUGAUACCGUGGUCGAACCCUACAAUGCCACCCUCUCCGUUCACCAACUUGUUGAAAAUGCUGACGAGUGUAUGGUUCUUGACAAUGAAGCACUGUAUGACAUUUGCUUCCGCACACUUAAGCUCACAAAUCCAAGCUUUGGUGAUUUGAACCAUUUGAUUUCAACAACUAUGAGUGGAGUAACAUGUUGUCUUCGCUUCCCUGGCCAGUUGAACUCCGACCUCAGAAAAUUGGCUGUAAACCUGAUUCCAUUCCCCCGUCUACACUUCUUCAUGGUCGGUUUCGCACCCUUGACUUCACGUGGAUCGCAACAAUACCGAGCCCUCACCAUUCCCGAACUCACUCAACAAAUGUGGGAUGCCAAGAACAUGAUGUGUGCAGCCGAUCCACGCCAUGGCCGAUACCUAACUGCCUCAGCCAUGUUCCGCGGUAAAAUGAGCACGAAAGAGGUUGAUGAGCAAAUGAUCAAUGUACAAAACAAGAACUCCUCAUACUUUGUUGAGUGGAUACCAAACAAUGUUAAAUCGAGCGUUUGUGACAUUCCACCAACAGGGCUUUCUAUGUCAUCGACAUUUGUUGGGAAUUCUACGUCAAUCCAAGAGAUGUUUAGGCGCGUUUCCGAGCAGUUCACACUCAUGUUUAGGCGCAAGGCUUUCUUGCAUUGGUAUACUGCAGAGGGAAUGGAUGAAAUGGAAUUUACUGAGGCUGAAAGUAAUAUGAAUGAUUUGGUUUCAGAAUAUCAGCAAUAUCAGGAUGCAGCUGCUGAUAACGAGGAAGAAGUUGAUGAAGAGGAGGACUUGGACCAUUAGGAGUGGAGUCAAUUGUUUGAUACAUUGUGUUUUGAUGUUCUUCUCAGUAUGAAUAAUGUUUUCUUUUGAUUGUAUUUGUGAGAGUUAUUAUUAUUAUAUUGUUUUCAACGCUUGAAUAUAACUUGCGUAAGUUUGUAUUUUUGUUCAUAAAUGAAUCAUAUUGUUCACUCUGAGUCA